CACGGCCUAGGCGAGAAGGCGGCAAGUGAGCAAAUGGAAAGUGUAUGUGGGUAAUAGCUCUUUUGAGAACAGCUUGCACCAUGAAAUACUUUGGAAUGAACUACAUUUGAUUGAAAAUUGAUAUCGUGGAUUGAGCGUCUUUUUGUGUGCGAUUGUAUUUGGACGCUUCAUCUCAGUGAGUUGGUGAAAGCAAAAGUCGAAGAGGUUUAAGAAUGGUCCUAGUUUAUUUAUAAAAUUUGCGAAAGGGGAACAGGCAAAAUGGUGAAAAACAGCGUUAAGAUGUUGUUCAAAAUAUUAGCGGUUCUACAAUUUUUCUUUCCUGUAAACUUUAUUUAUUGUAAUUUGCUGACAAUUGACCAUCUUCCUAGUUAUUUAAUUGAAGACAUUCUAACCUUGCCGGUUUCAGUUCAAGUUACAAAUCCUCCAACAGUUAUAUUGGUCAAAGUAUAUUUAGAGAGUUCAAUUGGUUUAGAACAGAUGUUAUUUCAUCGGAAGUACAUAUUGCAUAAAGAUGGUUGUAUAACAGCUGUUUUUGAUAUACCAAGAAAAUAUUUGUAUUAUGAUUCAAGAAAUUUGGACCAAGCAACAGACUACUUUGCAAAGAGUUUAAGGUCACAUAUAUGUGUUUUUGAUAAAAGAAAAGGAAAUUGUGCUAUGAGUGAGGAGGUUAAUAUUACUUUACCUGGACCAUUUGAUAGAAGUGAAUUGCCAACAUAUAGUAAUUCAUGGAGUUUUGAGAUGAUCAAGCUCAAACAAAAGAAGAUGGUUCCAUUGUGCCUUGAUAUAGCUGAUGUUGUAGAGUUGACAUCAACACCAUUGGCAAUUUCUGGAAAACAUGAACAAGGAUUUAUAAAAAAAAUUCAACCAAUGAAGUGGCCAACUCAUGUCCCAGAAUGGGUAAAAGAUGGUGUUUUGUCUAGUCCAAGGUUUACAUUAACAUUAUGGGCCUAUGUUUCGGAGCCAUGCCGCUAUGACUUUUGUGAAAUUUUGUCACAUCGUGAUUCCCUGAAUUUUCUCACACCUGUCUUGUUAUUGACCAAAGCAGGCCUGAUCCAUGUGCAAGUUCACAACAGUGAAGGUUCAGGAGAAGCUUUUGUUACCAACCAACCUGCACCUUUGAAGGAAUGGUUUUACUUAGUUUUCACUUUGAAUGGAAAUGAGGCCCAAAUCAGCAUAGGAGACACAAAAAACAAUGAUACUUUUAAGAAAUAUUUUCACAGGUUCAAUUCACUUGAAUUCAAAAGUGAGGCUGGUGUAUGGAAUAUUGGUGGGUAUUUCGGAUUCGCUGGCAUCCGCGGUCUGGUGUGUUGCGUGAAGCUUUAUCGAAGGAAGGCACUGCAGCCAGAAGAGAUAAACACCAGAGAAGAAGACAAGAAAAUCUUCACAGCAUAUAAUUUUCCAAGAAUUUCCUAUCGCUGCUCAUUAAUUAGACGCAGAUACUACUACCUCUGGAGAAAAUAUGUGCUCACUAAAACGGCAUGUGUGAUCCAAAAGUUCUUAAAUGUGUAUGGAAAGCAAAGAUCCCGGAGGUUACAGUGUAGUCAACGAACAUCUAUUCCAAGCAACCUCCAACCCUCUGUUGAUCUACUUGAGAGCUUCUUCAAAAAUGGAAAGGCAGAAAAAAUAAGGAAUAAAAUUUUAUUUGCCAAGCAAUUAAAUAUUCGUGGUUUGAAUAAAGUUAUUUUGUAUCCAACAAAUGCAACUCGUCUGCUCGAGAUAUCUGGUUGUCUUGGGUAUCUUGAAUCAUUCGUGUCCUCUUCUAUCUCAAAAUAUUUUUCCCGAGACGAUUCUAUAAGCAAGAAAGAGGCCAUAUCAAAAUUGUUUUAUGCUGCAAUACAAGACAGUGAGCUGGCCCAGCUUGCAUUGUCGUACAAGCACCAGCUUGGCGUUGAUGACAUGCAUAAAGAUUUGAACAUAGCUGCUGGGUACUCAAAGGCUGCUGCAAUGGCGGUGAAAAAGAUUUUGGAAAACGAAGAGCAGUAUAUACACACACAUUCGGAAAUGAUACGAUUAGAUGAGGCGCAUUUGUAUGCAGGAAAACGUGGCAUGUCUUCUGAUGUGAUGAAAUGGUUGAAGAGACAAGCUGAUUGGGGAUCCACAGACGCACAGAGUAAAAUGGCAGAUAUCCUGUUUCAUGGGCAGCACGGCAUCGAUGCACAGAGGCACGAGGCAGUCAAUUUGUACCGAGCUGGAGCGGAGCAAGGCGAUGCGAAUUCAAUGUAUAAUUUGGGAGUGCUUCAUUUACGGGGAAUUGAAGUGGACAAAAACGAGACGAAAGCGGUGGAGCUUUUUCAAAAGGCGGCUAUGAAGAAUUACACAAUCGCUUUCAACAGUCUUGGUUACCAUGAACUCGUUAACAGAAAAAACAUAUCUGGAGCACUACAUUUCUGGAGAUUGGCUGCAAACAUGGGAGACAAAGAUGCAAUGACAAACCUUGGUAUCCAGUAUGAAAACGGUAUAACUGGCGUCCUGGAGUCAAAUAAAACAAAAGCAUUCAAUCUGUUCAGAAAGUCAGCAGAACAGGGGCAGAAGGAUGGCUGUAUCAAAUAUGCAGACUACUUGAUUACAGGAGCGGCUGGUGAAUUUAACAGCUUUCUUGCUAUAAGGUUCUACCGGUAUGUCGCGGAGCAGCUCCCAACGAUCGGUCUUUACCUGCGGAAUGCUUUUGGUUCAUAUGAAGAGGGACAGUGGAACACAUCUCUGGUCAUGUAUAUGACAGUGGCAGAGACUGGGUUGGCUCUCGGCUCUUACAACACUGCUUUACUUUGUGAGGAAAUGCUGCCAUACCACAUGAAUACUGGCUCAUUAGGUGGCAACUGCUCACUUCACUUCUUUAACAUAUCUGCAAAUCUUGGUUGGCCAGCCUCGAUUGUACGAAUGGGUGAUGAAUAUUGGUACGGAGACAGAGUUGAGGCCAAUUUGACCAAAGCAGUUAUGAAUUAUAUUUGGAUUACGAAAGACCAAGAUUCGCCACAGGCCCUUUUCAACCUUGGCUAUCUGAUAGAAAAUAAUAUCUCAAUCAAGGGGAUUAAUUUUGGAGACACGUCCGGUGCAGGUUAUGACCGAAAGUCAGUGGCAAAGCUUUAUUACCAAAGAUGCCAGAAGUCUCUGCUAGACAGUGGGGAUGGCUACUAUCCAUGUACAAUUGCAUUGAUGCGUAUAAAACUGAAGUCGAUCAUCCAUGAGAACCAAUUAACCGUGAUAUUCCUUGGUGUUGCUGUAACUGCCUGUUUUCUUGUGGCCCUCUUUACCGAUGACGAAAUUUAAUUGCAAGAUGCCAAUCGACAUUUUGUGAAAGAACAGCUAAAGCAGAGAUCAUAAAUGAAGUAAUUCUUCUAGCAGCAGUACCAGCUGCUCGCCGACAGUACUCAGUAAUAGACGGUACUUUUUUGUUUCCACAAACUAAUUAACUUGUGAGUUUAUUUAAAGCCAAGUCACUCUGCCCCAUACCCUUUGAAAUUGAAGUUGAGAUAAAAUCAUUCAUAAUCCCUUGUUGAAUUUGCAUAGUUUAGCAUUCCUCGAUCUUAUUGGCAAGCAAGACUGGAUUGAAUGAAUGUUUGAUAUAUAAGAAUUUUAGAUACUAUUUUUGCCAGAGCAUAUCUUAACGUAGUUUUUAAAUAUUUCUGUACUGUAAACCUAAUCAUACAUAUUUUCAAAUAAUAUUGAUCACGGAGUAACAAGUCUAUUGAUCACCAAGUAACAGGCGUUUUUAAA